GGCGGCCGCGUCGUCGGCGUGCACGACACGAAGGCCUUCGACGGCGCCCUGGCGUCGGCCAAGGCCAAGGGCGAGUUGCUGGUCUGCGAUUUUUUCGCGACGUGGUGCCCGCCGUGCCGCGCGGCCGUGCCAAUCUACGGGAGGCUCUCCGAGACGUGGGACGCGGCGUUCGUCAAGGUCGACGUCGACGAGUGCAAGGAGCUCGCGCGGCGCGAGGGCAUCGCGGCCAUGCCGACGUUCAAGAUCUACCGCGACGGCGCCUGCGUCGAGACGAUCCAGGGCUUCAGCGAGCGGGGCAUCGUCGCGAAGCUC